GUCUCUCCAUCAGCCAGGGCGGGAGCAGAGAGGAAAUGGAGAUGCAGGAGUUGGAGGAGCGGGUGAUUUUCCCCUCCAUACCAACGGAUCCGCACGUGCAAUGGCUAUCUAACGUGGACCAGGUAAUUCCACGUGUUAUUAGCAUGGCCGCUUACUAUUACCCAGGUCCAGACGCAGCGAAGCUGGUGGAUGUAGAUCGUCUAGCAACAUCCCUAUCGGAGACACUCACUCUUUAUCCUGUCCUAGCGGGACGUUUGAGGAUGAAAGAAAAGGGUGCACUAGGGGUCGAGUGCAAUGACGCUGGAGCUCUUCUAGUGAUGGCUAUGGCGGACGGCAGGCUGGACGAACCCAGCAGCGGGCUUUCUUGCCACCCCCAUACCAUCUCCCUUCCGAUAGACUUAAGAUGGGCCCCUUCAGCUCUGGCCGCACGUGCAAAAGUGCGGGAAGACAGUGUGGCGAGGGGAAUCAACAGGGAGGACUUCUUAUUAAGGGUAAAGGUGACAACUUUCCGAUGUGGAGGGGUCAGCAUCUUGUCGGUGAUUCAUCACGCCAUAGCCGAUGGGCGUCCCAUGGCCGAGUUCAUGAACUCAUGGGCGGAAAUCGCGCGGCGAGGGAUCGAGACCUCUCAGAAUGGAUGUGGUGUGUCCAAGUCUCCCGCCAAGGUGACUUUGCCUCCUGUCCACGAUCGCUCUCUUCUCAAACCCCGCGCGCCGCCCAGAGUCCAGCGCCCUCCUACGAGCCUAAUCCUUGCCCCAUCUUCAACAACCCCUCCACCUCCCGAUCCCGCCAUAGCCAAGCCGGGAUCUGAAGGGGGUCUGCAAUCUGGAAAGGAGGCGGCGGCGUAUAACCAAAUCCCCACUCCACCGGGACUCCCUGACAUGUCGACGCAGAUGUGGCAUUUCACCGACGAGGACUUGGCCGCUCUCAAACGGAGGGCAGCGGAGGACAUAACGGCAAUUACACCGUUCGAGCCAGCGCACAAAGGUGCUGGCGAUGGUGGCCAUGGUGGUGGUGAUGAUCUUGGUGCCGGAGGCGAGACCAGAGUUGACGUCAAUUCUGUUUUUCCUAUCGACCCAGCAGCUCAGCGAUUCACUACGAACGAUGUCCUGAUGGCUCAUCUGUGGAAAUGCGUCUCUCGGGCAAGAGGCCUCCACGUGUCCAAAGCAGAUGAAAAAGAAGAAGCCGAAGGAGAGGGCCGUGCUGACGUGUCCAGCGCUUGCUCUGACACGUGGCAGUCGGGAGAAGAUGGCAAACUGGUCAGACUAGGUAUGGCGGUCGACGGUAGAAAGCGGUUGCGGCCUUGUCUUCCUGAAGGGUAUUUUGGCAACGCCAUGUUUUGGUCUUGCGCUUCUGCCCCUGCUGGCCAGCUAGUGACGGAGUCGCUCGGGCGAACGGCCCAAAGAAUCCAUCGAUCCGUACAGGAGAUGGUGGACGAUAACCUUCGUGACACCAUUGAUUGGAUCGAGCAACAGGAUGAUCUGACGGCUAUCGUGCCCCCCUUCAGGUACUUCAUGGGACCGGACCUUAUCUGCAGUAAUUGGUCCCAUUUGCCUGCCUACGAUUGCGAUUUCGGGUGGGGACCACCAGUGUACUUCGGACACCCGCCGGUUUCCGAAUUUGAGGGAUUCAUCGUUAUAACCGCUACGGGGAAGAAGAAGCAAGCAUCCGGCUAUGGCGGUGGCGGUUUGUUCGAUCUUCUUGCGUCACCUGAGAGCAGCUGCCGUCCCGCGCCCCGUCUGAAUUGGCAAGAGGUCGCCCGCUGGAGUACGUCGCCCGCAGUGGAGGAGCACGUCGUGGCCUGCUGGAGAAGUCGCCCACCCGCCAGGAUGCCGAAGAGUGACAGCGACUCUGUGAAGAGGCACAUCACAAACUCGGGGGUUUAUCUGGAAAGCAAACAAGGGGAACAAGAAGCGGCAAUGCAAUUAUUGCCACCACAUGGCAAAAGGUCUCUGGCACUGCAACCAGAGCCAGGCAACAUUGCCAUUGAAGUGCAAGUGAAGAGGUUAAGAGGCAGUGCGACUAAGGACUUCUAGUGCAACGAGAAGGAGCGAGAAGGAGAAGAAGCCUGUAUAGUGGCGCUGAGGUUGGGGGCGUGGCUGCACCGGAAA